AUGCUUUUUCAAAAUAUCAUUUGCAGGAUAGAUACUUAUCUUUCGGGAUUUCUAGUAGGUGCAACCUUGGGUUCAUUCACCUUCUUGCUACUAGUCGUUGCAGUCUCUCAGGUCCAUAGCUAUGAUACAAAGGAAAAAGAAAAUCAAAUUAAGAUUAGAAGAUUUUUACAAGAUUACAAAGCUCACAAAGCAAGCAGGUAUUCCUACGCAGAUAUUAAGAGGAUCACAAACCAAUUCCAGGACAAGUUAGGCCAAGGAGCCUAUGGAACUGUUUUUAAAGGAAAGCUUUCUUCUGAAUGCUUUGUUGCUGUAAAAGUUCUCAAUAGUUCCAAUGGAAAUGGGGAAGAUUUCGUAAAUGAAGUUGGAACGAUGGGACAUAUCCACCAUGUCAAUGUGGUUCGCUUGGUUGGUUUCUGUGCUGAUGGAUUUAACAGAGCUCUUGUUUAUGAGUUCUUUGCCAAUGGUUCACUGCAUGAUUUCAUUUCAUCGGCAGACAAUAACAAUCGCCUUCUCGGUUGGGACAAGUUGCAAGAUAUUGCUCUAGCUGUAGCCAAGGGAGUUCAACAUCUUCAUCAGGGAUGUGAUCAACGAAUCCUCCAUUUCGACAUCAAACCUCAUAAUGUAUUGUUAGACGAUAAUUUCACUCAAAAAAUUUCGGAUUUUGGUUUGGCCAAGUUGUGUUCUAAGGAUCAAAGCAUAGUGUCCAUGACUACAGCUAGAGGGACAAUGGGAUACAUUGCACCUGAAGUGUUCUCCAGGAACUUUGGAAAUGUGUCCUAUAAGUCGGACGUCUAUAGUUUUGGGAUGCUGCUCCUUGAGAUGGUAGGGGGAAGGAAGAACAUUGAUUCAACCUCCGAAAACACAAAUGAAAUUUACUAUCCAGAAUGGAUCUAUAAUCUUCUAGAAGAAGGAGACGACCUACGAAUCCAUCUGGGAGAGAAAGGAGAUGGUAAAGCUCCAAAGAAACUUGCAAUUGUAGGGCUCUGGUGCAUCCAGUGGCACCCAGCGGGUCGUCCUUCCAUGAACGAGGUUGUUCAGAUGUUGGAAGGAGGAGAAAACUUAACCAUGCCCCCCAAUCCUUUUGCUUCUACCGGUCCUGCACGAGCAAAUGCAACUGCGCCUGCGAAAAAUCUAAACAUUCAGUUAGAAGCUAUUGCUGAAUUAGAGUAAUAUAUCUACUUAGAUAUAUAGAUAGAUAUGUACGCACACACUUAUGUAUGUAACUAAGAGCUCAUGAGAAGUGUAACCAUUGUACACCUAAUUAAAGUACAUUCAAGGUGUGUGUGUGACUAUGUAAGUACAUUCAAGGUGUGUUGGAUUGCUUAGUUUUUCACUUGAAA